UCGACUGGUUGAACCAGUGUACAUCCCUCUUUUCAGACAUGUAGGCACUCCUCUUAGGCGUUGCUUCACAGAAGGGAAACAACCCCGCGGAUUUCGCGGAUGUUGGAAAAAUUGUCUCUGCCCAGCACUCACUCAAGGCACGCGCGGAAGAAAGGCGAUCACAACGAGUAAACACGAGGAUUCGGAAUAAUCUGGCAAAUGAGUCGGUGUGCUUAUCGAGGGCUCUGUGUGCAAGUUCCCCAGAGAGAUAUCGGUUCUCUCCGUCUUAACCACAAAAACUUAAACUAAUUUGACCUGAUUAUGAAUCACAGCCUUGUCAUUGUGCUGGAUCUGUAAUAUUUCGAGAAAACGAUUCCGUGAACAAGAAAAAAAAACCUUUUUUGGGGACGGACUGGACACUCUUGCAUAAGCCUAAGACAAAAGAAAUGUGGCAAAAGUAAUUUAUGACUAACAAGACCUGAAAGUGUAAGGAGCAGUACCAAGAAAAUUUACUAGCUUCAUACAACAAUUCACGUUCCUUGUUCAACGAUGAGUGAGAACUGAUUGCUAAUGGGAGGCCACGACAACAGCCAUGGGGCAGAUCUACGAAAAGGUUCACAUUGGAGACAAUGACAUCGACGACCUUGAAAUGCAGGUGGUCCGGUACAAGCCGGAAGGCCUGGACACGCUAUGUAAGAAUACCAAGUUCACAAAGAAAGAACUACAAAUCAUGUACAGGGGCUUCAAGCAGGAAUGCCCGACGGGUAUAGUGAACGAAGAAACGUUCAAAGAAAUCUACUCUCAGUUCUUCCCUCAAGGUGAUGCUACUGCCUAUGCUCACUAUGUCUUUAACACCUUCGACCACGACCACAAUGGCUCCAUUAGCUUUGAGGAUGAGAACAUUACCAAAGGUAUGUCUGUGUUCGACACUGUGCUUUGACACCUGGUGACAUCACAGCUCAUCUGCUACCUGUGUUUUGCCGUCGACACCAGGCCGACCCCGGUUUGACCCCCAGGCUUACCCAGCUCUGUACAGUGUCACAUUUGACCACCACUUUCCCCGGGCAUUUUGUUGAAAAGACACCUCACGUGAUUUUCUUAAACAGCAGAUCUCAGAACCUUACCCGCUUGGAGAUAUUGCUUUUUUUCCACAUUCAGGAAGAUGAUACAAACUGUCGAACUAUUGUCGACACCCUUGAGUGCUCACAGGAGUUCUGGAGAACACAUUGGAAUACCGUUAUACUGUGUUGAUUUUUUUGUUUGUUUUUGUUUUUGUUUUGCUUCCCCCUUUGACGACAGUAUGAGGGAGGCAUCAAUUGGUGAUGGUUAUGUUAUUAAAUUAUAUGAAAGUGUGUUUGGGUAUCGAGUGUUCUUCAGUCUUGUAACUUUCAUUGUUUACCAAUGUCAACUUCUAUGGUUUUUAUGCACUAUUUAUAAAAACCCAUGGUCUGAACAGAGACCAUAAAGGCAUAGUUUCUCACUUUCGUGGUUCCUUGAAAUGUUCACAUCAAUACAUCAAGUCAAAAAAGGCAUACAAUCAGAAAAUGGGCACCUGUGUUGGGCGGUUUUUUUAAGCACCAGCAUUUAUUUGCCAAGUACACUGUUAACUUUGUUUCGUAAAGGAAAGAGAAAGCUAACAUAAAAAGAUGUAUAUAUACAAAAACCACAAAAAAGAAAGAACUUUAAGCAGCUUCCAAAAUCAAAAAGAAAAAGAAGAGAAUGGGCAGAAAGAUCCAUAAGUGAAUUUUGUUUAAAGGUAGGAGUCAAGAAAAUUAGACAAAUAUUAAAGAAAUAUGCUUUGUUUUAACAUUGACGUGUUUCAGCAUUGUUUCAAAGGGGAGAUAAUAAAAUGACAAAGCCAAUUGAAGGGCGAAAAAGGUUUACAGAAUGCUUUUGUUGCUAUAAAUUAUUAUGUAAGCCUUGAGCUGAACCCCCUAGUGUUUAUCUACCCAUUUAACAGUGGUGGCUUUUCUGCCAAUAAUGCCUCGUGACUUUCACAAUGGAAAUUCGUAUUGGCAAAAAGAGAAUGUGAAUAAUAGAGAAUGUUAACCGUGCUUGCAUAAAAUGAUUAGGAGCCGUAACUUACUAAUUAUGGUCAUACAUAAGAAUACGUCUAAAGUGGUACGAAGAUAUUGGUAACCUUUGGGUGGUUUUCUUAUAUCUUUGUCUAAAGUAGAAUAUAUUUCAGGGAUUUAUGAAAUGCAACACUCGCCGUGGUUCUCAUGACUGAUCUAUUUAAGAAAGGUUCUGUAUAAAUCUGUCUUUUUUCUAGGUUUUGAGCGCAAGAUAAGAUGUUAGUUCGAGAAUAUACGGCAGUAUUCAUCCUGUACCUGUCUCUGUCGUGGUGCGCACUUUGAUAGGUUUUGUGAACUCUUUCCUCUUUGACCCCAGUUUCUAAUACUAUGGUAUUUUUUAUUGAUGUUCACUCAUAUCUAUGUAAAUGAGAGUGCCUCUGAGUUCAAUGUUAAUUGGUGUACUUCUUUUAUUCGAGUUCAUGGUAAGAGACACAUCAAAAUGAUUAUGUAUAUGUGAAUAACGAUGAUUUUUUUUCUAAAGCAUUACAAGCCUUUUUUUAAUGUGCAGGCUUUAUGUCAUCUAAUCAUGAUUUUUUUUUAAACGCACACCAUAGCCAUCUGCUCCACCGUAUUCGUAAGGACAUAUUUGGCAAAUACACCGAGUGUUGGGGGUGGGGGAUGGAGGAGGUGUUAAAGAAAAACUAGAUUGUUGCUACACUAUGAGCCUAAUGAAAGUGGAAAGAUCCAUCAUAUCAACAAGAUGUAAAUUAUUUCUUUUCACAACCUCUGUUUCAUCUCAAAACCUAGGAUCAGCUCCUAACCUUUUACUCCCGUGUCCUCAAAAACACAAACUCUACCGUGCUCUUCUUCUUCUUCUUCUUCGGCAUUCGAGUCUGGGGCGGUUGUGUCACGAUGCUAGCGACACGUGUAGGGUUGUACGCCUUGGAUUCUCCACUCGUCCGACAAGUUUGUUACUGAAUACAGCAGUGAAGUGUGAGCGUUGUCAAUGGCGGAUUCUUUGAAGAAGAAGAAGAAGAUGGAGAAGAAGAAGGAGAAGAAGAAGAAGAA